AUGAAGAGCCUCAUGAACAAGGCCGCGUCACCAUUCCUGAUCGCCACGAAGGACGACCCGACAUCGUCGGAAAUCGAUGAAAAGGACAUCAAGAAGAUCAAGAAGCUAGGUGAGGGCUGCUUCGGUGUGGUGUACAAGGGUGAGUGCUACUCCCUGCCCGUCGCCAUCAAGUUCCCCCAUGUGCAGCAACUCAGCAAGGAGGAGCUCGAAGACUUCCGAAAGGAAGUACACAUAAUGGCGACCAACCCUCACCCGCACAUCGUCCAAUUCAUGGGCGCCUGUACCAUCCCGGGCAAGUUCGCCAUCGUCAUGGAGCUGCUCGACGGCAACCUCGAGGAGCUGCUGUUCUCCGAGGAGGGCUCCAAGAUGCGCCUCUUCCAGCGCCUGGUGAUGGCCAAGGAGGCCGCCCUCGGCAUGAACCGCCUUCACAAGACCGAGCCCGCCAUCAUCCACAGAGAUUUCAAGCUCGAGAACCUCAUGUACAAGCGGACCGAUCAGACCUACAUCACGAAGGUGGCCGACUUUGGUCUGGCGGCGAUCAAGCCCAAGGCCAAGAAGACCAUCCGCGCCGAUCCCCGCGGCACUCCUCUCACCCGCGCUCCCGAGAUCAUGUUGGGCAAGCCGUUCAACCAGAAGGCCGACGUCUACUCGUUCGGCAUGACCCUCUGGGAGAUCGUCACCUGCAAGGAGCUCUUCCCUCACCACAGUGACUACGAUGAGUUCAUGGAGGCCAUCUGCGUGAAGGGCGAGCGGCCGCCCAUCCCCGGCAACUGCCUGCCCUCGCUCAAGGCCCUCCUCGAGGACCUCUGGGACGCCGACCCCGACCGGCGGCCCAACUUUGACGAGGUCAACGCGCGCCUGGACGAGAUCUUGGUCGAGGCCGCCAUCAGCGACGCCAAGGGCCGCGAGUUCUGGAAGAAGUACUUUUUGCGACAGCACCACGUCAAGUGGGAGGAGUUCGUGGAGCGGUUCUACGCCUUCAUCGACCAGGACCUGCCGGAGGACGCCGGCGGUCCCACCGCCGACACCCAGAUCCUCAACCUCCGC